AUGAAUUUGUCUGAAGAAUCAACUAUAAAUGUAGAGAUAAGGAGACCAAGAAAUAAAACUGAGACAAAAUGUAAGUCUUAAAGUCCUUAAGUAAAGCCUUAAUUUAUAUAAUAAUCAUUAUAACAUAAAAAGAGUAAAACAAAGGAAAGUUUAUAAUAAAAUUAAGAGUCAUUACCUAAUGUUACUAGAAAAUUAAAUCCUAAAUCAAUUAGUUUUUCAAAAAAGAGAAAUCAAUUCAAACCAGCUCCUUAAGAGUUUUGUUUAAAAGUAAUAAAAUCAGUUUACAUUAAAUAGUACUUCGUUGGAUGGGGCAAUAAUGAAGCUCUUGUAAAGCGAGUCAUGUCUAAAAGAACAUAAUGGAAGGAAACGACUGACUCUAGUUCGAUGUUUGUUAAUUUUAAAUGGCAAUAAAGUGAAAGAGGCUAUAGAUAUGAAAGAUUGAUAGUAAGUUAAAAUUAUAAAUAACUCGUUAAUCAUUUUGAACAUCAUAAAGAAAUUUCAAAUAAAUCUUAUCUGAUUAAAAAUCUGUCUUAAUACUGCGAAGUAAAUAUUGAUAAAUAUAUGUAUAUUAUUAGAAGCAUAAAUUAAACGUAUUUGAUUAUACUCCAUUAACAUUUGUGAUUGAUUUCAAUGAUGAGAAUUGCGAUUACAAUAUUAUUUAAUUUCUUAAGACUUAUGAAUAAUUUGCUCCAAAAAAACCAACAGCAAAAUAGAUGUUAGACUUUAAGAGAAGAUUAAGAGGAAAUUUUACUAAUGCCUAUUAAAGAGAUUCAAGUUCUUAAUUUUAAAAAAUUCAAAUGAAUAGAACAUUUUUAUCUGAAGAUUCACCCUAUAUGUGGUUAUUAAAACCAACAUUUUUAAAUAGAGGAAGAGGGAUAUAAAUAUUUGAUGACUUAGAAACCUUAAUAAAAUUAGUGUCUGAUUUUUAGGAAGGAUUAAAAGAAAAAGCAUUGAAUUAGAAAGAUGAAUCUUCUGAUGAAGAAGAUCCUCCUAAGUAGGUUUAAAGCGCAUAAGGAACUAAGAAAGAUCCAAAUUAAUAUAUUAGAUAAUAACCAUCAGGACCUUGUAUUAUAAAAUCUCAUUCAUUUGUGAUUCAAAAAUAUAUUGAGAGACCAGCUUUAAUUAAUAAAAGAAAAUUUGAUAUUAGAGUUUGGGGGUUAGUAAAUCAUGAAUUAGAUGCAUAUUUUUUUUAAGAAGGAUAUAUUAGAACAUCUUCUGAAGAUUUUACAUAUAAUAUUGAGAAUACUUUUGUUCAUUUAACAAACAAUGCGAUUUAAAAGUAUUCAAAAAAUUAUGGAGAAUUUGAGGAUGGUAAUUAACUAUCCUUUAAAAAUUAUUAAGAAUAUUUAAAAUCAUAGAAUAUUGCAUGUAAUGUAUAGGAUGUAAUUUAUUUUAUUAAUUUAAGCUUAUUAAUAAGAUGAAAGAAAGAAUUUGGAUGGUGUUUAAUUCUGUACGUAGUAAAAUUAAUUUUGAAGACAGAAAGUAUUGUUUUGAGAUUUUUGGAUUUGAUUUCAUAUUAGAUGCAGAUUAGGAAGUAUGGUUAAUUGAAGUUAAUACAAAUCCAUGUAUAGAAGAAUCAAGUCCAUUAUUAAAAAUGUAUAUUCCAAGAAUGUUAGAUGAUGCAUUCAAAUUAAGUCUUGAUAUUUUAUUUCCACCAUAAUAGCCUCAUAAAUAAUCUUUACCAUAAAUUAGUAAUUAUAAAUUCUAAUUCAAGAUUAACUUCCAUAAAUAAAGGAAGAAUCACAUUCCGACUAUCCAGUCAUUGGCUAUCCUAAUGAUGAAAAUAUGUGGAUGUUAUUAGGCUCAUUAAAUGAUAGGAAAAUUAAAAAGAAGAAAUGAUUAAAAUAUACUAUUUAAAUUAUUUUAGAUUUCAUUAAAAAAAUGUUUAAUCCUUCAGGUCCUAAAGAUAAGCCCUUAUGCAUGGAAUUUUAGAAAGAUAUUUGCAUGAAACUUUAAUGUCCUUUAGAANUCCAAAAAAACCAACAGCAAAAUAGAUGUUAGACUUUAAGAGAAGAUUAAGAGGAAAUUUUACUAAUGCCUAUUAAAGAGAUUCAAGUUCUUAAUUUUAAAAAAUUCAAAUGAAUAGAACAUUUUUAUCUGAAGAUUCACCCUAUAUGUGGUUAUUAAAACCAACAUUUUUAAAUAGAGGAAGAGGGAUAUAAAUAUUUGAUGACUUAGAAACCUUAAUAAAAUUAGUGUCUGAUUUUUAGGAAGGAUUAAAAGAAAAAGCAUUGAAUUAGAAAGAUGAAUCUUCUGAUGAAGAAGAUCCUCCUAAGUAGGUUUAAAGCGCAUAAGGAACUAAGAAAGAUCCAAAUUAAUAUAUUAGAUAAUAACCAUCAGGACCUUGUAUUAUAAAAUCUCAUUCAUUUGUGAUUCAAAAAUAUAUUGAGAGACCAGCUUUAAUUAAUAAAAGAAAAUUUGAUAUUAGAGUUUGGGGGUUAGUAAAUCAUGAAUUAGAUGCAUAUUUUUUUUAAGAAGGAUAUAUUAGAACAUCUUCUGAAGAUUUUACAUAUAAUAUUGAGAAUACUUUUGUUCAUUUAACAAACAAUGCGAUUUAAAAGUAUUCAAAAAAUUAUGGAGAAUUUGAGGAUGGUAAUUAACUAUCCUUUAAAAAUUAUUAAGAAUAUUUAAAAUCAUAGAAUAUUGCAUGUAAUGUAUAGGAUGUAAUUUAUUUUAUUAAUUUAAGCUUAUUAAUAAGAUGAAAGAAAGAAUUUGGAUGGUGUUUAAUUCUGUACGUAGUAAAAUUAAUUUUGAAGACAGAAAGUAUUGUUUUGAGAUUUUUGGAUUUGAUUUCAUAUUAGAUGCAGAUUAGGAAGUAUGGUUAAUUGAAGUUAAUACAAAUCCAUGUAUAGAAGAAUCAAGUCCAUUAUUAAAAAUGUAUAUUCCAAGAAUGUUAGAUGAUGCAUUCAAAUUAAGUCUUGAUAUUUUAUUUCCACCAUAAUAGCCUCAUAAAUAAUCUUUACCAUAAAUUAGUAAUUAUAAAUUCUAAUUCAAGAUUAACUUCCAUAAAUAAAGGAAGAAUCACAUUCCGACUAUCCAGUCAUUGGCUAUCCUAAUGAUGAAAAUAUGUGGAUGUUAUUAGGCUCAUUAAAUGAUAGGAAAAUUAAAAAGAAGAAAUGA